UCAUCGAUUGUCAAUCAAACAUCAACGUAGACUGAUGAGCACUUCAAUGAAAAUACAGCAGUAUUUAAACGCGCUGCACCAGCAGCAGUGCUCAUAACAACUUUGCAUCUUAUCGGAAGAGAGAAACUGAGAAAGUUUGCACUACAAUAACACAACAUCAAGAUGAAGAUUACCAUAUCAACAGUGACCCUUCUUCUUGGUAUUUUGCAAGUUCCGUUCAUAGUGGCUAAAACAGCAGUUUCACCUGAUCCGGAGAUGACGUGUAACUCCUGCUGCCAGGGCCCAGCCGGUAUACCUGGAAUUCCCGGGUCAAAUGGGAACCAUGGUCAAGGGCUUGUAGGGUCCCCUGGUGAGGCAGGUCAACCCGGGGCUAAAGGAGACAUGGGGUCAGAUGGACUGGUUGGUGAGCCAGGCGCUAAAGGGGAUCAUGGCCAAAAGGGAGAGCAAGGAGUCGGUCAACCAGGGAAACAAGGACCUCAAGGUCUGCCUGGGAUGAAUGGUCUGAAGGGGGAGAGAGGUGAACCUGGACCAGCUGGACAGACUGGUGAAGCAGGUGAAUGUAGUACGCGACGGUCCGCCUUCACUGCAGUGAGGAAUACCGCCUUCAGCCCUCCAUCCAACUAUGAUCCUCUGCCCUUUGAAGAGUUAUUGUUUUCAGAGGAAGGGACUGAUUUCAACUUGAAUAACGGCACGUUUACGUGUAAUGUGCCUGGGGUAUACGUAUUGAUGUUCUCAGUCCUGAAAUCAUCAAGUGGGUCUUACCUAUAUGUCGAGCUGAAGAAGAACGGUAACACUCGCAUUGUUAAAGGGCAUGUACGCGAUGCAGGUCAUCAUCAAGUGAGCAGCAGUGCAGUGAUUCCCCUGCACUACGGAGAUCAAGUUCACUUAGCUGUAGGAGGUCAAGUACAUAGUAGCUCUUUCCAUUACACGUCUUUUACUGGAUUCCUGCUGUACGAAAUCUAAAUCAAACAUAAAAACACACGGAAACGUUUAAAUGUUUUAGACAACGAUUUAAAUAAACUAAUAUGCAACUACAUAGUUUUUAAAAAUAUAAUAACAAUGAGUUAAUUGUGGAAAAUCGAACGUGUUUUUAGAUGAAUCGAAUAAAUUUACUAUAUUAUUAAUUGUUUUAUUAUUUGCAGGACAAUAAGUAAGAAAAAGACGUUUUAUUUGAACACUUGAUUUUGCAAACGUGUAUUGUGACAACAACUUUCAACGUGUUUUUGUCACGUAAACAGUGCUAUUAAUAUCAGUUCAUCCUUUUUUGAGUUUAUGACAUUUUCGGAAAAGGUUUGAAUCUUCUGCAGCCUGUAAUUCCGUCCGAGGGUGCAAUGAUGAGUCCUUGAAACGACUCUACAGCUUUCAUUUUCCAUAAAAUGCAAAAUGAAACUACGCAACAAAAAACUGACAGCUUAUUAAACAGUACAUACAAAACUUCAGAUUCCUUAAUACAGACUUAGACUAAUAAUUCAUUGUGGCCUGCGACUGUGCCGGCAAUUUUAUUUCAAACAUUUUAAAUUGGUUGAAAAAGCUGUACCCUGUUAAGGCAACAAAAUACAAAUAAUUCACCUAACAUCUGGUAACAGUUGUCUUCUGUUGAUAUAUUCGUUAAUGUACAAUACUUAUGAUAUUAAACUAACGACAACCUGUGAUCAAAAAGAACUUGCCUUGUAAAGUUACCAGAAAACAUUAAUUAUUUUGUGUCGUCUUUUGAACACGUUUCGAUAUGGAGAAAUAUUAAUUGUUUUCGUCGUGGUUUGAGCGUUUCUUUGUUUUCACAUGAGAAAACACUUUUGUUUAAUGCAGAUGAAACAUUGGGUAUUCGUUUUGAAUCACUUUCGUAUAAAACGUGUGAUGAUGUCACGACUAACAUGUCAAAGAGGGGAAAAUAUAUUUCACUCCAAGCGAUUUGUUAAACCGUCACAUCGGCAUGAAACCAAUAUACCAUCUUAGUGUGAAUUUGGAAAUUAACAAUUCCCUCACUUCGACCGUGACUUAAUUAUUCGGAAUUAUUAUUAGCUGAUUACACAAUGUCGCAUUUUAUCUUGAUCUACCUUACACAGAAAAGUUUCGUUGACAGUAAAAUUGUGACCCACCCUGUAAUUUUUUUUUUUAGAACUAUAUUUGCAUGGUAUACCUUUAAGUCACCUGGAAAUAGAAUUUAUUUUUCUUCAAACAUUAGAGUAUAUGUUAAUGAACAAUAACGUAGAUUGUUGAGUUAUUGUUUGUAACAAUUUAUAUGUUUGAAAAAUAGAUAAAGUUGUUUGGGGUGACUCCGCCUACCCCUUUUGUGACGUCAAUCGAGGCAGACUUUGCCUC